UGGUGCACGUGGUUCUUGUGUGAAAGCCUAUGACCCCAGUCUACACCACAAGCAAAGUUUCUUUAACUUGUUACCCAAAGCCGUUAGCCGUGCAACUUUGACUCUGUUUACUUGCUUGGUUAACUUAUCUCCUAAUUUAUUAAUACUACUCAAAGACGACGAGUCUCCGUACGCGCAUCAGUCUCGAUAAGCUACCAAGUUUUUUCAAAGCGCGUUGAAGUCCAACGAGGGCCAAUUUGGCCAUGAUUGUAUAGUUUUUGACAAUUUUUGUAUCAUCUAUCAAAUACCGUUCCGUGGAGGAUCAUCUAGUCUAAUAUUAUGAAGUCACACAGUUGUUUUGCUGUUCCACUUCUUCUGUGUCAUUUUAUAUGGAUAUGUGUCAGCAAAGAAACAACGCAAAGGCCCGAGAAGCGAUUUGACAUCAGAGGAAAGGAAUGGGUCGCAGCACAAAAAAUUAUCAACAAACUGGUCGAUGAGAGUAUCGCGAACAGAGUUUCAGAGGCAGAGCAUGAUGUUGAGCGUUUAUUGGAGUCCAAUAUUGAAUGUACAGAUAAAAUUGAACACUGCUCCGCUCUCGCCAAGUCUGGAGUCUGCAAGACAUCACCAAAGGCCAUGCAUCAACAUUGUGCAAAAACCUGUAACUUAUGUGAGGACAAUUUCUUUGAUGCCACACCCCACAUCAGCGUGGCCCUCAAGAAAGAUCCUGAGAAAUUCUUAAAGAAACAACCAAUUGCCCUGGCCCAAAAAAAGACUUAUCACAUUCCUUUGAAGGACAAAGUAGUGCCAGAGAAACCAAAAACUGAGCAGUCUUCAAGGAAGCAUGAAUUAACUGGAGAGGGAUUUAUCCCAGCUGAUACGAUCAAAAUCCUUCACUCUAUAGAGCCACUUUUGUCACAGCAAUCCAAAGGGGUUAUGAAAUUCCAUGAAAAUGACCUGAGCCCAGAAAACGAGAAGAUCCGUGAUGCACAGAAGCUACUGGAGUAUGUAAAAGUUCUGAACCCGCCGAAGAAGAUGGCCAUCCUUGAAGCAAAGGUUUCCUUGGCCAACGAUAAGAAAAAGUCUACCACUAAGAAACCCAAAAAGAUCGUCGCACACGAAGAUAAAGAAAAAGAAGAGGACAGUGAACAAAAAGACGAGGUGAAGAAAGAAAAUAAAUCAAAACCCAACCACGCCGCCAAAUCAAAAGUUGCCAACAAAAAAAAGCUUAAAGUUAAGGGAACACCGCUGACAAGUUUAUCAAAGACAGUGACUUACAAGAAUCACAAAUACAAGAUCACGCCAGUCGUGGACUGGGAACGAAUCUCUAAAAUGCUGGAAAGUCUUGGCUACAAGGCUGUUCACAUUGUGGGCGUGAAGGACAAAAGUAUCCACAAGGAUCUUACGGAACAUCUUAAAAAGCACGGAGUUGACAAUGUUUUGUCACAUAAGAUAAAAGGGAAGGCCGCUGCGGAAACGUUUGUGUCAGCGGUUCAUCGGGAAAAAUCUUGGCAUAAUGAUGAAUAUUUUAAGACUCACUGCCAUCCAAAGUGCCUCACGAGCUGCGUUUCCUCUUGUAUGCCGGGGUGUUGUCGCGAGCACGACAAGGUGUCAAUCAAGACAGGUCUCGCUAAACAUUGCCAUGCAUCCUGUUUGACGAACUGCCUGCCAUCUUGUGGUAGCGGCUGCUGCUCGGCUGACGAAGAACGAAAGAGGGGACAUCACUUUUUACAUUACCAGAGGAUAAAAGACUAUCACAAGGCUAAGGAUGAAGCGGCUGAAAAACAGCACGACCAACCCAAGAAAACUACUAAAAAGCAGGAAGACAAAGUGAAUCCCAAAUGCCAUCCACAAUGUAAAGAAACUUGUAUAUCUUCCUGUGGAAAAGGCUGUUGCACAGACGAAGGCGAAAGGAUAAGGGACGAGAAUGAGAGAAAGGAGAAAGAUCAACAAGAAAAAUAUAGGAAGGACAAACAGAAGAAGCUGCAGGAAAUGUACAAACCGCAGCCAAGACUCUGUCCGGCACCGUGCCCUCGGGUCUGUGCUCCGGCUUGUGCUGACGACUGUUGUGCCUUCGGAAAAUAUGCGUCACCACCAGCACCAGGAAUACCUGUAAGUGAUCAACCCCACCCUGGUCUAACUCCGAACGUUCCAUAUCCCCACUCCAAAGUCAUUCCGCUCGAGGCCUAUGCUUGCAAAGAGACGUGCAAGUUCUCUUGCACUUACGACUGCCCCCGCGACUGCUGUCAACCGGAAGAGCUGGCCCAAGAAGUAGCUCACGAAGCUGCUGCUCUUGCACCUUCCGCUUUUUCAUCUCCCGCCAUAGGAUCUCCGACCACAAUAGGAGCACCACAAGCUAUGGCUUAUCAAGACCUUGCUCCCGAAAUGGGGACAUGCCCGAGUCCCUGUCCUGGUGGCUGCUACCCUUCAUGCACAGUGGCUUGUUGUACGUCGGCUCUAGGUCUUCCCCAAGAAAAUCAAGCAGAGUUGAGUCCAGAGGCACGUUCUUCCACUAAACGAGUGCUGCAUAUUACUCACCUGGUACGACCAAUGACGAGUUUAAAUGGUUGCGCACUUUCCUGUGCCACACACUGUACGCCAGCAUGCGCAAGAUCCGGCUGCUGCGAUUCGUCGAAAAGAAAGAAAAGAUCGAACUGAAUGGUGCGAGACGUAAAAAAGAAAAAACAAUGCUUUAGAAUCCAUUCAUCUUAAACAUUUCUGCAGUGUGAAUUAUCGGGAUUGAUAAUGUUAAUGUUAUUCAGCGGAAAUUCAUCAAUAAGAUGCAGAACUAUCAAAAGUAGCGCAUCGUAAUACCAAGGAGAGUGUAUGAGAAAAGAUAGCUUCUGCAUUCUAAUCAUGCUCCCUCUAACCCUUUUUUCUUCUUUAAAAAGCCUGCUUUGAGGGUUUGGAACAAAAGAAUAAGAUUCAAUUUAGAUUUAAAAAUGUAAAUGUCGGUUGAGUACAAAUUUAGAGCCAUAAAAUUGAAAGACCUUUGAAUUGAGAAAACUUUACGCAUUUUGGGUGUGUUUGCCGAUAUUUAAAGGCAUUUAAAUCUGUAUGUCAAACGUAUUCUAUUCUUGUACAUUACCGUCAACGGUUGCAUCCAUCGAUACGAUAUUUCUUUAAAAAAUAAAC